AUGGAGUCACCCUCUAGGGCAUUUUUCAAUAGCCUCCCACCGGAACUCAAGCUGAUAAUAUGGGACAACCUCGACAAGGGCCGCGACAAAAGCGCCCUGGCCCUAACCAGCAGAACGAACCACGCGCUCUUGGACCACCAUUUGUACCGAUGGAUUCUACAAAACACCUCAACCGACGGUAUAUUCACUAAACCACCGAUCCUCGGCUGGAUGGCCGGGCGCGGCGCUGUUCGCGCUAUGAAGAAGCUCAUCGCAGCCGGCGCAGACCCCUUGGACCCAAUAGUAUUGCCACUCUGCAUCGCCUGCCGAAACGGACGUAAAGCGAUGGUGCGCCUGCUACUGGAGGAGUACAAAGUCGAUCCGAAUAUAGCGAACGCCGCUGCAUUCGGAGGUGGAGACUCGCCCCUGUACGCUGCUAUUGACAGAGAUGACUGCGGCAUUGCGACUUUACUGCUUACAGCUGGUGCUGAUCCGAAUGCCAGGCCGGCUUUGAUAGGCCGACACAGUAUGUUGACCUAUGCGAUUACUGCUGGACACAUCAAGACCGCGGCGCUGCUGAUAGAGGCUGGGGCGUCUGUUACGUAUGAAACUGACAACAACCGGACCCCGCUAUGGUUCGCGAUUCAAAAAGGCGAUGUUGAGCUCGUUCGGAAGAUUCUUGAUGCCCUGCGCACGAUACCUGGGGCUGAUAUCAAUGUGGGAGCGCCGCUCGUAGCGGCUUGCAAGUUGGGGAGGACUGAGCUUGCUCGACUGCUGCUUGAAAAUGGGGCCUUGAUAGACACCGUCGAACCGAUUCUACACGGCUGGGAUAGCCUGGUAGCUAGCCUUCUGUUGAACCGUGUGGAGAUUCUAAGGGUCUUGUUUGAACAUGGGGUAUCGCCCGCCACCCUUGACUCCGCGGUGAAUAAUGGAGUCGUUCUCGCAGCUAUAACCCACGGUCUUAGAGACGCUAUCGAGGUCCUGAUUACGAACAACGUACCAGUCCACCGUGCAGUGCCCUUUGGCCAUAAGUCUCGCCCGCGUAAGCCCUGGGCGCUAGAGUGUGCUGCUACCCACAAUAACAAGGAAAUGGCCGAGUUGCUUCUGCGGGCGGGGGUAUCCGAUACCAUGUCCGCAAGAGACAAGUCCACACUUCUGUGGAAUGUCUUUCGACCAGGCUAUGAAGAGAUGCUCGUACUGCUAAUCGGGUCGGGGGCCUGUGAGCAUACGCCGCGAUAUAGGGCUUGGUCUGCAAAUCCGCCCCUACACCACGCCAUCACGCUAAACAUGCCCAGUCUCGUCUCUCUGAUGCUGCAGAAAGGCGCGGAUCCGAAUUCCCGGGAUCCAAACGGGGACACUGCCCUGACUGCUGCUGUUAAGCUGGGAAGUCCUAGAAUGGUAGUUAUCCUGCUGGGUGACGAUACCGACCCCGAGACCUGGACGCGGCCCAGCGAUGUACUUGCUGGCGAAAGUUCGCAGACCAGCAGGUAUAUGCAGUAUAUUGAUAACCCGGACGCACAAGGCUGUACGCCCCUCUACCUGGCGACGUGUGGUGAAAGGGAAGACAUUGUCCGCAUCCUGCUCGCCCGGGGCAGUAGGGCUUUUCACACUCAGAACCAUGCAGGCUGGUCGCCGGUUGGGCUCGCGACUUUCUAUAAAGACUGGGGAGACGGCCCGGAGGAGAACCGGCCGUUUAGGAAUAUCUUCAGGCUGUUGAAUAACGCGGCCAGCGCGAGGAUUGAUAGAGAGUUGCUGGAGGAUAACUCUGUCUUUGGUCCAAGGUCCUUUUAG